UUGUAGAUUCAUUUGUUUCCUCAAGUAGAUACAAACUUUCCAAAUAACAAUAAUCAAAUCAAAGAAUUGUCAAAAACAUCUAUCUUCCUUAUUUGCAUGCUUCUAUUUCUGAUUUUAUUAGUAUUCCUCAUACUACUAACAUCAAAUUUUAAUGCAGCAAAGGAAGAAAUGGGCACAUACCAUACAGAGACUCGAAGCUAACCCGCAUACUACAGAACUGUUUGGGAGGCAAUGCUAGGACUGCCAUCAUUUGCACCAUGAGCCCUGCUCACAGUCAUGUCGAGAAGUCAAGAAACACACUCUUGUUUGCCAGUUGUGCAAAGCAAGUCAAUACUAAUGCACGUGUGAACGUUGUGAUGUCGGAGAAAGCGUUAGUCAAGCAGUUACAAAAAGAACUAGCAAGACUGGAGGACGAGUUGAGAAGUUUAAGCUCACUUGCUGCCUCAGGUGAUUCUGCAUCAGCACUAAAAGAGAAAGAAAUGCUUAUCGAAAAGAUGGAAAACGAGAUAAGAGAAUUAACUCAACAACGUGACCUGGCUCGUUCUCGUACUGAGGAUCUGAUACAGACUGGGGGAGAAUAUCAAAUUCCAAAACCAUGGGGUGAUAACUAUGAGAAACGUUCGUCGGCAGAUGAAUAUUCAGCAUCUGAAGCAUCAGAGAUAAUUGAUACUACUCGUUCUGAUGUUGCAUCCAGGACAUCUCAUUUCUCUGACCGAUGCGAAGGCCUCAACUCCAACAAGCUUGAAGAACCGUUCUUUGAGAAUUCUGAAAUGCAAUUUCUGUCAGAUGACACCUCCCCGAGAUUAUAUAUAGAUAAAUAUUUCGGUCCUGAUCCAUGUAAAGGCUGGGAGAAGAUUGCUCAAGAAACUGAUAAUAAUUACGAAGAUAACUGCAAGGAAGUCCAAUGUAUUGAAACUGAUAUCUCCAAGAGAAAUACGAUUGCAAGCACACUGCUAUCCGCACCUGUAGGAGAGCAGGAUUCAGGACAAUCCCCUUGUUCAUCUGACGAAGAAAUAUCUAAUCAGGGAAGUGCACAUGUACCGAGGAGCAAAAGCUGUACAGCACUUCCCGUGUCACUGCAAAAAUCUCCCAGUUCUGAGUUUUCAAAAGAAAAUGAAAGCCCAUUACCAGAUGAAUUUGAGAAAGAAUCUCCAGAAAGACAGGAUGAUAAUCAAGGAAAGCUUUCUAAAAUAGAGCCAACUAAUGACGAAGAUCUAUGCAGAAAAGACUUGGAAAGUUCUAUUACUACUGACUUUAUGAAUGUGAAGGAAGAAAUCAUCAAGAUACUGGUUGAAGACUGUAGAGCCAAUAAACAAACCUGUGAGACAGGACCGGAUGAAAUGAUAAAGCCUAAGUCUCAGACGCAGUUUGGGGACAAUUUGGAUCUUGAGGAUGAAAAAACAUCCAAAGAGCCAGAAAAACCUACAGAUGAUGGUUCGAUAAAAGAUCAGGAUAUACAGAAAUCUGCUUCUGAUUGGUCUACAGAAUUCGAGAGACAAAAGAGAGAGAUAAUUGAACUUUGGGAUUCUUGUGACACCCCAUUAGUCCAUAGAACUUACUUCUUACUGCUCUUUAAAGGAGAUCCAUCAGAUGCCGUUUACAUGGAAGUCGAACUUAGACGAUUGUCAUUUCUCAAGAAUACAUUAUCUAGCGGUCAAGUUUCCGCAAAGUCCACAAGGGCUCUGAACCGGGAGAGAGAGAUGCUUAGCAAACAAAUGCUAAAGAAAUAUUCAACAAAGGAGAGAGAGGCUCUAUUCCAAAAAUGGGGCAUCAGCCUAAAAUCGAAGCACAGAAGGCAUCAACUAUGCCGAAUGCUGUGGACGAAUGCAAAAAAUUUGGAGCAUAUUAACGAGAGUGCUGCUAUAGUCGCAAAAUUAGUAGGAUUCAAGGACGGAAAUCACGCCCCAAAAGAAAUGUUUGGACUUAGCUUCUCGCUGAAACCAAUGAAUCUCAAGUCCUCCAGUUGGAAACACAGCCUGCCUUCCAUGAUAUAAAGCUUCCCGACAGAACAGUGAAGUAUGAGCCUGAGACCUCGCCUGUGAAGUAAACUUUUAAAUGGGUGGGAAAUUCAUAGGAGUCUUAUAACUUAAACUAGUGUCUGAUGUUUCAAAAACAUAAUCUUGUAAUUGAAUAGAAUGUGUUUUUGAAGAGGAGAAUUAAUUUAAUUUAAUAUAAUUAAUGCAUUAAU